CGUGCCUAACAGAAGGGGUACCGGAGCGUGCGGACUUCUUGGAGAGUUUGAGUGGCAGGACUGCGACUGCUGCGAGGGUGACCGACUUGGGCACCAGAGUCCGGCGUGGUGAUGCUGACCCCGGCGUUCGACCUUAGCCAGGACCCCGACUUCCUGACUGUCGCCAUCCGCGUGCCCUACGCCCGGGUCUCCGAGUUCGACGUCUACUUCGAGGGGGUCGACUUCAAGUUCUACGCCAAGCCGUACUUUCUCAGAUUAACCCUUCCUGGAAGAAUUGUAGAAAAUGGAAGCGAGCAGGGAUCCUAUGCUGCAGAUAAAGGAAUUUUUACCAUUCGAUUGCCCAAAGAAACUCCUGGCCAGCAUUUUGAAGGGCUGAACAUGUUAACUGCUCUACUGGCACCAAGAAAAUCCAGGACUGCAAAACCACUUGUGGAAGAAAUAGGUGCUUCUGAGGUUUCUGAGGAAGGAGUAGAAGAUGACGAUGAAGAGUUUGAUUGGGAAAUUGAACAGUCCCCCUAUGAAGAGGUACCAGAACGUACUUUGAAUCCGGAGUGCCGCUAUGGGUUUGGAAACUUACGCUCAGGAGUGUUUCAGCGGUUACAGGAUGAAUUGAGUGAUGUUAUCGAUCUUAAGGAUCCAGAUUUCACCCCUGCAGCCGAACGAAGGCAGAAGCGCCUGGCUGCUGAGCUGGCCAAGUUUGAUCCAGAUCAUUAUCUAGCUGACUUUUUUGAAGAUGAGGCAGUUAAACAGGUUUUGGAGUAUAAUCCUUGGUGGAUUGAUCUGUAUUCAAAAAUGAUGGCUUCUUUGGGAAAGAGUCAGGAACAAGAAAAUCUUGCUGCGUUAGUGUCUUUUUCUGAAGAAGAGAAAUAUCAGCUGCGAAAAUUUGUCAAUAAAUCUUACCUGCUGGACAAGAGAGCCUGUCGUCAGGUGUACUACAGUUUGAUUGAUAUCCUUCUGGCAUAUUGCUAUGAAACCCGUGUCACCGAAGGAGAGAAGAAUGUUGAAUCCGCAUGGAAUAUCAGAAAACUGAGUCCAACACUCUGCUGGUUUGAGACUUGGACUAAUGUUCAUGAAAUCCUGGUGUCUUUUGGAAGAAGAGUUUUGUGCUAUCCACUUUACCGCCAUUUCAAGCUGGUGAUGCAAGCCUACAGGGACACUAUAAAGAUGUUGCAACUAGGUAAAAGUGCAGUUUUAAAGUGCCUACUGGACAUUCACAAAAUUUUUCAGGAAAAUGACCCAGCUUACAUUCUAAACGAUCUCUACAUCUCAGACUACUGUGUGUGGAUUCAGAAAGCCAAGUCCAGAAAGUUGGCAGCUCUUGCGGAAGCCUUAAAGAAAGCAUCGAGCAAGGCCCAGCUGGGGUUGGAACUGCAGGAACUGGAAGCGGCGGCACUCUUGGUCCAGGAGGAAGAAGCUGCAUCGAAAGCAGGAGCCCGAUGCACUUCCGGGCAGCAGACGCCUUCCUCCAGCUCUGAGACAAGCGAUUCGGAGGAAUCAGAGAGCAGCACGUCAUCUGAGACCGAGGACUCAGCCUCGGAACACGAGGAGCCCAGAGGUGGUGAAUCGGAGGCAGGGCCUUCCUUGCUCGGUCCCUUUGUUGAGGAAAGCAGCACGGCCCUGCUUCCUGACCACGGUGGGAUGUGCAGAAGCGUGGUCCUCCCAGGAUCUGAUGAUGGUCAGGGACAGCCGCUCGCCUCUCCCCGGGCUCCUGCGGCAUCUGAGCCUCUAAUCCAGGAGCUUGGAGAACAACUGGAGACUUUGGUUCAGAUUUCUGAGCCCAAGGGCUCUGCUGCUGGACACGUGCUGAAGAGAGACAGCCGGCAGACACCCAAGAAUUGACUCUGAGUGGUCUCAUUCGUUAUUGAGAAUUACGUCAGAUUUGGUUUUGUUGACCGAAUGAGAAUUCUUCAUUUUCACUUUGUACUUUUCCUUAGUGUAUACAACAUUGUUUGUCAGUGAGCUAAUGUUGACACCAGUCGGUUUUCUUGUUGCACCUUUAAAAAUAAAGUUCUAAAGUUUUUCUUAA